AUGGCGAGUUCCAUGUUUCGAAGCCCUACGUGCACGGCGAAACUUGUGGCCGUAUUCGUCGAGCAUCAUGAGUGUUUCGGCAUGAAAAACAUCACCGUAGCACCGGGGGUAACCAAUCCGCCCGGGAGUGGUGGUGCUCAACAAAACACCGAGGGCCAUACCGCUCGGGAGAGCGUGAAUUUCGGAGACCUGCUCAGCGAAAAUAAUAUACUGAAGAUUAAUUUGAAUACUUUAUCUUUGAAGAGGGAAACAACGUGGUUGCACCUGAGAAAAGGUAGCGGUACCACCUGGGGUCGAGGUAGCCGGGGACGAGGCAGGGAUCGCGGGGGCGGCGCGAAUCUCAUCGGUUCAGGCGUCGCCCCCGCGAAUUACUCUUCAGGACUGCAGGGCGUAGCGCCUGAACUACGGGAAGUUGUGAAUAUCCUUGGCGAGAGGAAUCAAGUUGGUACGCUAACUGGUGUGGGACCACCACCGGACGCUUUGGACAACGACAGCCAGGGGGACGAAGAAGAAGGCACCUCCACGAAGAGACCACCCCGACCGCUCUACAGGAGGCUGAUCAACUACAUACGGCAGGCUUGGACCGGCGUCAAAUUCGCAUUAGACUCAGAAUACGAAGAAGAACAGACGCCACGAUACAGACCUGACUCUUUGGCGAGUCUUUGUCGAGCCACAAGAUUCACCGAGGCAGAGCUGAAGAGAAUAUAUCGUGGCUUCAAGGCAGAAUGUCCCACAGGAGUCGUCAGGGAGGAAACUUUCAAGUGCAUCUACUCACAGUUCUUUCCGCAAGGAGCCAAUACUAGCCAGUACGCCCAUUACGUUUUCAAUACACUGGACCAGGAUCAUAGUGGCAUUCUCAGUUUUGAGGACUUUGUCACUGGUCUCAGCAUACUGUCGCGUGGUUCAAUCGACGAGAAACUACGGUGGACAUUUUCCCUUUACGAUAUCAACGGCGACGGUUGUAUCACGAGAGAAGAAAUGACGGACAUCGUGACAGCCGUAUACGAACUGAUGGGGAAAUUUGCUGAUCCAAAUCUGGAUCACGCUGGCGUACGUGAGAAAGUAGAUCGAAUGUUCCAGAAGAUGGACGGUAACAAGGACGGUGUGGUGACGUUGUCAGAAUUUUUAGAAGCGUGCCAAGCGGAUCCUGAUAUCUCGACGAGUAUGGCGGCGUUGGACACGGCCUUCUGACACUCGGCGCGACCACGAUACACGCCAUGGACCUGAACAUGAUUUCUCGAUUCUUUUGGAAUAAAUCGCUCAACGUUGUACCUUACCUUCUGGACCAGAUGCAUUUCCUCAAGAUGUAUCGCGAAGAUCUCGAGCGAGGCUCGCCAUGAAUUUCCGAAGGGGAUUGGUCGACGCGUCUCCGGAGAAACCGACAUACAUUUUUCUCUCACAACUCGUUAAACUUAAAAAAAAGAUCGAGCAAAGGUCAUAGGAUGCCGGAACGUCUGUUUUGCCCAGGGCAAAGAAUAGAGAUCGCUCUUUCGAGAAUCCGUAGUUCUAGUUCCACGUAUGCGUAUCGCUAGACGAGAAAGGGUUAGUUGAACGAGGAUUUACUAAAAACAAAAAACUACAAAAAAAAAAUAACGUAACACACAGAAGAACGAUAUUAACAUGGUUGUUAGUAGUUACGAGUGGAUAUUAUUGUUACGAACUUAAAAUGGUUCGUUUUUAAGGGACGCGCGCUACAAACGAUGAACAAACAUGCAGCUAAUUAUAGAGACAGAAAAGAAAAAAUGUUAUUCUUAAUGGUUGACGAAAGGAUUAACGAAGAGAUUUAAUUGCGUGAGAGUCGAUGUUUAAUGGCAGAACGGGUUAUAUUAUUGUAGCACUCGCGACACGAAAGGGAGGGAAAAUAAGGGGGAAAAUUGUUGAAAGAAAUGUGCCGUUUGAGGAGUAAAUUGUACGCGGCAUUGUUCGUUCCAGAGAAUAGUUGUAUAGAGAAGCACAGAUAUUCGAAACAGAGUAUUUAUAUGAGAAACAAUAAUUGAGCUUAGCUUUGUACGAUUACGAAUUUUUUCUUCAUUCGUUUCUUCGACGAGGGAUCUUACUUUGGGAAACUCAUUUGCACGGUAUUGUAAUGUGGAUAGUAGUGUUGUAGUUUAGUUUCUGACCAAAGUAUUUUUUUACGAGCCCGUUUAUUGCGUAGGCACGUAUCGCUAUUUGUAUUUGUCAGGUGAUUUCACGAAUAAUGUUAUUUGAAAACAUAUUGGAGUUUACAUUUUUUAAGUUACACAAAUAUUUGUAUA